GGCAAUGGGCAAGCAGCAGCCGCCGGCGGCGAUGUCGGCGCCUGCGCCUGGCCGCCGGAAGCGGAAGAAGAAGGGCCGCCCCUCCCUGCUCGACAUCCAGAAGCGCACCCUCCGCCUCCAGAAGCUGCAGGAGCAGGAGGAGGAGUCCAAGGCCCGCAAGCAGCAGCAGCAGCAGCGCCGGCCCUCCACGCGCCGGAACCCCGCCCCGGACGACGCCGACUCCGGAGACGACGACGACGACCACCGCCGCGACAAGAAGCUCCGCCUCGUCGUCGGCCUCCACGACGGAUCAGCAUCCAAGGGAGAAAAGAGGAGGAUAGCGACGGAUGGGCGUCAAGAGCCGUCAGAUUCUGGCCCCACCACGCCCCUGCCGGACAAGAAGUUACUGGUCUUCAUCCUUGAUAGGCUGCAGAAGAAGGACACGUAUGGUGUGUUCUCAGAGCCGGUUGAUGAUGAAGAGCUGCCCGACUACAGAGAUAUUGUCAAGCACCCAAUGGAUUUUUCGACUCUUCGGAAGAAGCUUGAUAAGGGUGCAUAUGCCAACUUGGAGCAAUUUGAGGACGACGUGUUCUUGAUAACAUCAAACGCGAUGUGCUACAAUUCACCAGACACAGUAUACUAUCGACAGGCACGGGCUAUUCAAGAGGUUGCUAAGAAGGACUUUGAGAAUCUUAGGCAAGAUAGUGAUGCCAGUGAACCAGAACCAGAACCAUUACCAGAACUGGAACCAAAACCACAACGUCGCAGGGGUAGGCCUCCAAAGAACACUGUGCAGCCGAAAGUUGAGAGGCCACCCGCAGAACAUCCUACUGCAGACUUUUCUAGGUCCACACUCGCUACUGCUGGAAAUACCGGACUUCAUGCACACUUGGGGUUUGAUAUACAACAGAGGAUUGCAGAUGUACUGAAAGCUUCUUUUGGCAAUAGAAGCAGUGAGCACAAUUGGUCCAGCGGGCGCAAAUUGGAAAGCGCUGAAGAUUACUCAGGGUCUGGGAGUAAAUGUUCAGGAAAAAUGGGGAAGAACCCAGCUCUGGUAGAAGAUAGUCGCCGAACUACAUAUUAUCAGCACCAACCAUCCAGUUCAAUAUAUGAGCUGCCAAGCUCAUACAACGGGACAAGGAAGCUUCUUGUACCAAUCGGGGUUCAGCUGCAGCAUUCCUAUCCCCGCAGUCUGGCACGUUUUGCUGCACAGCUUGGCCCUCUUGGCUGGGAAGUUGCAUCGAAGCGAAUUGAACAGGCCAUUCCUCCUGGAAUGAUGUUUGGUCGCGGGUGGGUAGGAGAUGAUGAAUCACCAAACACACUUAAGCCACCUGUACCGACUUCACCAUCGACAUCAGUAACACCACCAACCAGCACAGCGAGUGAACAGCAAACUGUUGUUGAUCCUGCCAGCGCAAUCCGUUCAGCAGGGCCUCAUCCGCACGUCGCGCCAUAUGCUUCUACCGGGACCAGGACCGAUUCUCAAGCACUAUCAAGCAUGCAGUGUGGAUCAUUGCCGCAGGUUUCAGCAGACCGAGGCGAACACGCUGUCGAGAUGAAGAGCAGCCAUAAUGUUCAGGAAUGGCCUGCAAAGCACCAAACCAUCAAUGGUUUUAAUGCUGUGCCAGGAUCGGUCAUGUUUGCACCUACCGCACAACUGGUUUCGAACCGGAUGCAGACACAUACCGCUGAUUGACCAGAGUGAGCAGAGAAUACAAGCUCGACCUGUAUAAUUUGACAUUUCGACACAUGAUUCCAGUCACGUGUACUGCGGGUGCCAAGCAAGGACUUUCGCUGAAUCCUAUUGCUGUAGUGAUGCUUUUUUCGAGUGGCUGUUGCUCCGCUGCGCUUGUGGCCUGGUAUCACCAUUGUUCAAGUCUGUCUAUCGUGUAAUUGCUUAGUUUACUUAGGAGUUAGGAUAGCGUGCAGAUUGCAGAGAAGUGUAGAGGGAGUUUAACAGCAUAAUUAAGGUGCGGCCAGAUAUUAGACAAACUCUGAUGUGUAGAAUCCACAGGAACCAUCAUCUGUAUAGAUUAUAUUAUUCAGUGUUAUAAUAUUGUUGUGACAGUUU